AACAGCAACAACAGCAGCCAACAGCAGCAACAGCAGCCAACAGCUAUGUUUCACGCGAACCUCACCGACGCCGACCAGCCGUCGCUCGAAGCCCAAAACGCGUCGGCCGCCGGCGCGCGACUGUCGACGUCGGACGCGCUUAUCGUCGCCGUGCUGUCGCUCAUUAUCGUUAGCGCCGUCGUCGGCAACGUGCUCGUCAUCGUCGCCGUCGGCGUCAACAAGCGUCUGCGCACCGUCACCAACUGCUUCGUCGUGUCGCUCGCCUUCGCCGACCUGCUCGUCUCCACGACCGUCGCGCCGUUCGCGAUCGCAGCCGAGGUGACGUCACAAUGGACGUUCGGACGCGUCGUCUGCGACAUAUACACCUCUCUCGACGUGCUCCUCUGUACGGCUUCGAUCCUCAACCUGUGCUGCAUCAGCGUCGACCGCUACAUGGCCGUAACGCGACCGCUAACGUACGCCGCCUCGCGGACGACCAGCCUCGCGUUGCUGAUGGUCGCCGCGGCAUGGGUGAUGUCGGCCGUCAUCACGCUGCCGCCGGUGAUCGGCUGGCGCGACGCGGCGUACGGGCGCGACGAGACGCGAUGCUACAUCCCCAGCGCUCCCGGGUACGUCGUCUACUCGGCGUGCGGGUCGUUCUACAUCCCCAUGCUCAUCAUGUUAUACGUGUACAUGCGGAUAUUCAAGGUCGCCAGGGAGCGCGAGCGCAAGCUGCGACCCUACCGCGAACAGAUGGCGGCGCGCAGCGUCUACGCCGGAUUGAAAAUGACCGUCGAGGCGACGGACAGCGACGCGUCGGCGAGCGAGACGCGAGAGGCGGCGGCCGCGGCGAACCACGGUCUCGGUCCGAAAUUGUCGGAUCCGACCUCCGAGGAGGUGGUGGAGAUGUUGGCGAACCAGCGAGGAGGUGGCGGCGCGUCGUCCGACAUGCUCGACCUGACGCAGUCGGCGCUGAUCGCCGACGGUGCAUCGGAUCCGGAAGCCGACGCGUCGGCGCUCCGGAAGGGCGUGGCGCUAAUCUUCGGCGCGAACUCCGGGAACUCGGGGCGACUUCCCAAGGAGACGUUGCGCCUGCGCGAACACCAGCGCGCCCGCGAGCGCGCCAUCUUGCGGAAGGAAAGCAAAGCUGCGAAGACGUUGGCGAUAGUCGUCGGCGCCUUCAUCGUCUGCUGGCUGCCGUUCUUCGUGCAGUACGUGAGCGCGCCGUUCUGCGGCUGCCGCAUCCCGCGCGCCGUCAUCAGCUGCUGCGUCUGGCUCGGCUACGUCAACUCCGUCUGCAACCCGUGCAUCUACGCCUUCUACAACAAGGAGUUCCGCUACUCUUUCUGGAAGCUGACCGUCGGUCACUUCACAAGCUGGGAGCCGAAGAGCGUCGUGCGCAACCGCGUGCCGGCGCAUCUGCGAUACGUCGCCCACUGGCGACAGAAGAUCAACGGGACCGACGUCGCGGCGGCGACGUGCUAG